UUUUGAUUCGUUCUGUAAUCAUGCGGUGGUUCCUUAUAAAAGCAGUAAUAAUGAUACUAACAAGAUGAUUUUUCUUUUUUAAUGAAUUUUCAAUACAUUUGAUUUCAUUAUUAGUGCAUAUGAAAACCCUAGUUCGUGCGUGUAGCGGGUUACUCAGUUGUUUGUAGAAUCUCUUCUAAUGUGGACUAACAAUAGACUCGGUGACGGCUGAUGUUGUUGUUGUUGUUAUUAUGUAUAUGGAUGAUUUAUGGCUAAUGAAACCCUGAUUGUAAGUACAUCUUAACUCAUCGUGGUCGGUUUCAUAUAUAUUCCUUGAUAUGAUGUUUUUUCCAAUUUUUGGUAGUGUGUAGAGAACAUAAUAGGCAAAAUUUGCAUUUUUGAUUGACUGAAGAAAGAAUAUAUACUUGGGAAACUUGUAUGACAAAUGUUAACUAUUUAUCCUGAUAUGUUACGUGAUAAGCAGGGAACGUCAAUGUUUGUUUUAGGUGGUUAACUCGGACUAAGUUUUGUUGCCAUCAAGGUUGAUACACAGGCUCUGCGGUCAUGAGAUAUAGGAAUGAAUACUUGGGCUCUGAAGGCUUACAUUGAAGCUGAAAACAAGAGGUUGGAGCAUGAACCAUGUCAGUUCUCUGCGAAGGAAAUCAUUAUAACCGUUGAGUAUAAAUACUGUCCAAACCUAACUAUAAUUGAUACCCCAGGACUUGUAGCUCCGGCUCCUGGUCGCAAAAAUCGGGCUUUACAGGGGCAAGCUCGCCUGGUGGAGUCCCUUGUCAGAGCUAAGAUGCAGCACAAAGAGUUCAUAAUACUUUGCCUUGAAGAUUGCAGUGAUUGGAGCAAUGCUACUACACGAAGAGUGGUGAUGCAAAUUGAUCCUGAGCUCUCAAGAACUGUAAUUGUCUCAACCAAACUAGACACAAAAAUUCCACAGUUUGCGUGUUCUUCGGAUGUAGAGGUUUUCCUUAGCCCCCUUGCUUGUACUCUUGAUGGCUGCAUAUUAGGUGAUUCUCCCUUCUUUACAUCGGUACCUUCUGGAAGAGUUGGCACUGGACGGGAAUCUGUCUACAGGUCAAAUGAUGAGUUUAAACAGGCUGUUUCUUUGAGGGAGAUGGAAGAUAUUGCAUCCUUAGAGGAAAAAUUAGGUCGGCCUCUGUCUAAGGAAGAACGAGGUAGAAUAGGAGUAAGCAGCCUUCGGUUGUUUCUGGAAGAAUUGCUGAAGAAAAGGUAUAUGGACAGUGUCCCAUUGAUCAUUCCGCUUCUCGAGAAAGAACACAGAACCACCACUAGAAAUCUGAAUGAAAUCACCCAAGAGCUCAGCAACUUGGACGAAUUAAAGUUAAAGGAGAAAGGACGUCUAUUCCACGAUUCAUUUUUGACCAAGUUGUCGCUGCUCUUGAAAGGAACUGUGGUCGCACCGCCUGAUAAAUUCGGGGAAACACUCCAAGAUGAGAGGGUCAAUGGAGGAGCAUUCACGGGUACUGACGGUCUUCAGUUCCCAUUCAAGCUAAUACCUAAUGCUGGAAUGCGCCUUUAUGGGGGUGCACAAUAUCACCGUGCAAUGGCUGAAUUCCGUUUUGUGGUGGGGGCAACCAAGUGCCCACAAAUUAGACGGGAAGAGAUUGUAAAUGCAUGUGGAGUCGAAGAUAUUCAUGAUGGAACAAACUAUUCCAGAACUGCUUGUGUGAUUGCUGUUGCAAAGGCCCGUGAUACAUUUGAACCUUUUCUUCAUCAGCUGGGCUUUAGACUCUUACACAUUCUAAAGAGACUGCUUCCAAUAUCUGUGUAUCUUCUUCAGAAAGAGGGUGACUACUUGAGUGCCCAUGAAGUUUUUCUGAGGCGUGUUGCAUCUGCCUUCAAUAAUUUUGCAGAAACCACUGAACGAGCAUGCCUUGAAAAGUGUAUGGAGGAUUUGGUGAGCACCACACGUUAUGUCACCUGGUCGAUCCAUGAUAAGAAUAGGGCUGGACUUCGUCAUUUCUUAGACUCGUUUGCUGGCUCUGAAAAUACUGUUGCAUCCACUACUGCCGUUUCCCAAGAUUCAUUUGGGCCAGUUAUGAAUGAGAAGAAUGAUUUGAAACCAAGAACAGAUGUGAAACUUAGCCAGUUAGCUUCUUCAGGCAUGGACUCGGGCGCACAUGGUAUUCAAACAACAGAGGCAAAGCUUGUUGAUCUGUUAGAUACGACACUUUGGAACCGAAGGCUUGCUCCUUCAUCUGAAAGAAUUGUGUAUGCUUUGGUGCAACACAUAUUCCAUGGCAUAAGGGAACAUUUCCUGGCAUCUGCAGAGCUGAAGUUCAACUGUUUCCUUCUAAUGCCCGUGGUGGACAAGCUGCCAGCCCUCCUCCGAGAAGACCUAGAGCAUGCAUUUGAGAAUGAAUUGGAAUGUGUCUUUAACGUCACACACUUACGCCACUCACUGGGGCAGCAGAAGCGGGAGAUGGAGAUUGAGCUUAAAAGGAUACAGAAGCUCAAAGAGAAAUUCAAACGGAUACACGAGCAACUCAGUUCUAUUAGGCCGGAAUAAACCUUCCUUUUCCGGAUUCUUCUUUCUAUCCUAUGUUUAUAUGUGCACAUGAAGAAACCUUCUCAUGAAAUGAUGAGUUUGCCAUUUGAAAGUAGUUGUGGACAUAUUUCAUAAAGACUUUCAAUAUAUUUUGGCUUAAUCGGGAGAAUAUUUUAGCUCCAUUCCCUUGG